AUGGCUGCAUCGUUUCUACCAUUUGUGCUUCAGAAUCUCAACUCCUUGAUCCAAAAGGAGGUGGGCUUGCUUUGCGGUGUUGACAAGGAGACGAAAAAACUUUCAAGCACUCUCACCACCAUCCGGGCUGUCCUGGAAGAUGCAGAACAAAAACAAUUCCAAGACAAAGCCAUACAAAAUUGGUUGAGAAAACUCAAUGAUGCAGCCUAUGAAGUAGAAGACAUCUUGGAUGACUGCACAACCGAAGCCCUCCAAUACGAAUCAAAAAGGCUGAGUUCUAGUUCUCUAAAGAAGGUAAUAAGCACUUCCUUGUUGACUUGUUAUCCUGUUGAGAACAUUCUGUUCCGUCACAAGAUAGGGAAUAGGAUGAAAGAUACCAUAGAGAACUUAAAUGCAAUUGCUGAAGAGCGGAUGAAGUUUCAUUUACGUGAGGUGGUUGUGGAGAAACGAGUUGAAUUGGCUGAAAGACGUGAAACUAGCUCUGCUCUGAUUCAACCACAACUGUAUGGAAGAGAAGAAGAUAAAGAAAAAAUUGUCAAAAUGUUGGUUGAGAAUAUAUGUGAUUGUCAGGAUGUUUCUGUCUACCCUAUAAUUGGCAUGGGGGGGCUAGGAAAGACCACGCUUGCCCAAAUGGUCUUCAACGAUGAGAGGGUAGAGUGCCACUUUGAGCUUAAAAUUUGGGUUUAUGUUUCUCAGGAUUUUGAUGUGAAAAGGGUGAUAAAAGCAAUAAUCGAAUCCGUAUCUGACAGAACCUGUGAAGCCUCAAACCUAGAUUCUUUGCAGAAAAAGCUUCGAGAGAUGCUAAAUGGGAAAAGAUAUUUGCUUGUAUUAGAUGAUGUGUGGGACGAAGAUCAAGACAACUGGGAUGGGCUAAAGUAUUUACUAGCAUGUGGAUCAAAAGGUGCUUCCAUUAUUGUUACUACUCGUGUUGCAAAGGUGGCAUCAAUCAUGGGAACUGUUCUAGCACAUCACUUGUCAUUUUUAUCUGAAGAAGAUUGCUGGUUGUUGUUCAAACAACGGGCAUUUGGACACGGGAAUGAAGAGCAUCCAAACCUUGUGGCCAUUGGGAAGGAGAUAGUGAAGAAGUGUGGGGGUGUGCCUUUAGCUGCAAAGGCCCUUGGAGGGCUAAUGCGCUUCAAAAGUGAGGAAACAGAUUGGCAUUCCGUUCAAGAAAGUGAAAUUUGGAACUUACCCCAAGACAAAAAUUCCAUCUUGCCUCUCUUAAGAUUAAGUUACCAUAAUCUUCCAUUGGAAUUGAGACGGUGUUUUGCUUACUGUGCCAUUUUUCUAAAAGGUUCUGAAAUUGAAAAGGAGAAACUUAUUCAUCUUUGGAUGGCUAAUGGCUUUAUUUCAUCCAACGGAAAAUCGGAGUUAGAAGAUAUUGGUAAUGGUAUAUGGAAUGAGUUAUAUUGGAGAUCUUUUUUCCAAGAUGUGGACAAAGAUUCAUAUGGCAACAUUAUUUUCAAAAUUCAUGACCUUAUGCACGAUAUUGCCCAAUCCGUUAUGGAAGAUGAAUGCCAUAUGAUGGAGGCUGAAAGCUCAAAGAACAUAUAA